AUGUUCGCCAUAAAAAAGAACCUUCCGGUGCGGUACAUCUUCUUCUUUGACACCGACAUCAGGAGAAGCUGGUGUCGUCGUGCAAGUCGACCGGCUUCGAGGAGGCGGUCCAGCAGAGAGGACUUCAUCGCCAACCCGGAGAACUCUGCGCAUCUGUUAACGGGUGAACCGUCCCGAAACGGACCUCGAGUUCAACAAGCUGCGGAAAACGACAAGAGUGAGAACGGCCAGGAGGACGAGAGCGUGAACAACACGACGACCAAGAGUGCGCUGGAAACGGUCAAACGACGAGGACGGUUCUCCCUGCCCCCGUACGUCAUCCAGUACUCGGACGAAUUCCUGCUUGAGGAAUUCAUACGUCGCUUCGACGCCCAAGGCCAAGGCCAUCGAGGACAUUGCAAACGCAAGCUAAACGAUUCCGGCAACGUGUCGACGCUGGAUCUGGACAUCGUCUCGCCGGUGCCCUUCCUCCGUAACGGUGGCGCAUCCUGCCACGCUCGAAAUCGACAUGCGAGUGUGUUGAACGCGCUGCAGUCGCACAACAUUCAGGCCUCAAAUAUAAAGUUUCGCUUAUUCGGGCUCGGCAUCAUGUGCUACGGCAUCGUCAAGAACCUACAGCCGGAGCCGGAGUUCGGUAACUGUGGAAUCAUGUCGGCCAACCUACGCCCCGAGAUGACCGGCGUCGACCAAGAACGUCGCAGGACAUCGCCGAAAAGAUCAUCUCCGAAGAAGGCCAAUUCAAAGCUCCAAGAACCAAACCAAGGAGGGCACGAUGAUCAUCCUGGCCGGCGGCGAGCGGUUGCCGUCGAAGAGUGCCAGACCUUCUUCGAAGCCAUCUCGUGCAACUCGUUCUACCUCGGUGAGGUGGGCGACGUGACCAAGAGAAACCUGUUGCUGCAGAUGAUGAUUUACAGCGUGACGCUGGCCGGCAUAGCCGUAUGCCAGUGCUUCAACUCCGGCAUCGACAUGCCCAGCUCGCCGGCCACCUCGUCGAACGUUUCGUCCCGUUUGGCCAAACGGGGUGGCUAG